GGAAAAUACUCAGGACUUUUUCUUCCAUUUUGCUGUUCCAGUUUUCUUCUUUUAGAGCUAGUAACUGUUCUCAUCUGGUGAGUUACCUGGCUCGAAGGAGAAUCCCGACACGUUAUGGAGAACAGACAGGCCUCUUUAAAAGGCUCUACAUUUCUACAAAACACGAAGUUUUGAGCAGAGCAGCCAAGAGGCAGCUGAGGAGCUUGGCACUCCAGAGGUAGAUGUGCUCCCCAUGCACUUAGAGGUCCAGGCUGCUCAGACGCGUGCCGCAGGACCGCAGCUCUGAUGUCCUGCACCUCCCGGCGGGAACCGCUGACAUCCCACCUCUGAAUGGCUCCCUGGCAGCUUCGCGCUCUCUCCGUGGCUCUGCUGUGGGGCUGCGUGGCCUCCUCCUCCUCCUCCCACACCGCAGUUGCUCCCCCACAAGAUCUUCAGAUCACUGAUCCUGGACUUCUAGGUUCUCUCGACGUAGAGUGGAAACCUCCACCCAACAUACAAACCUUCAGUGAAUGCACAGUGAAAUACAGGUUUGAAUACCGAAACACUGGGGACAGAGACUGGAAGGUUACUUUUACUAGGAAGCUAAAAUUCAGAGUUGGAUUUGACCUCAACAGGACUGCUGAAGUGAAGGUACAGACACUGCUGGAAGGACAGUGUACUGACGAUGUGGAGGUGCAGAGUGACUGGGUUUAUGCUACCUUUCAGAUCCCACUGCAAGGGAAGCUGGAAUCAGAGGUUCAGAAUUUCCACUGCAUCUAUCAUGACUGGGAAUACCUCAAGUGUACUUGGCAACCAGGUCUCCUUGCUCCUCGUGGUGUACAUUAUGGGCUAUAUUAUUGGUAUGAGGGGCUGGACCAUGCAGCCCAGUGUGAUGACUAUAUUCAGGACCACGGGAUAAACAUUGGCUGCAUGUUGCAAAAUCUGAGCCAGGCAGAAUAUAAGGACCUGAGCAUCUGUGUCAACGGGUCGGCAGCAGCCACCGUGUUACGGCCGCUCUACGUCACCCUGCGCCUUCACAACCUAGCCAAACCCUCACCCCCAAAGCAGCUGGUGGUUUCCAUGUCUGCAGCAGAGGAGCUCCAGGUGGCUUGGAGCCCACCAGGUGGUGGAACACCUCCCCAGUGCCUGGAGUAUGAGGUUCAGCUGGCAGAAGAUCAGAGGGAGUCCAAGGCUGCCUGGGUGUCUGUGCCAACCCAAAUGGAGACCACUUUAACAAUUUCCAGGGAAAACCAAAGCCGUGUUUCAUGUGUUCGGGUCAGAGGGAGAACAAAUAUUUUCUGUGCUGACCAGGGCUUUUGGAGUGAAUGGACACAGGAAUGUUUCUCUGUGUCCAGAAAAGAGGACCAGCAGCUACUGAUCCUCAUUCCAGUCAUCCUGAGUUUGUCAAGUAGCCUCAUAAUAUUUAUGUUGAUUGGCCAGUGCAAGAAAAGAUCCCCAGCAGGAAAGCCAGUGCAUGCAUUGGCAGGAUGCUAACUCUGCUUGUGACUGCUGUGCUGCUUGUGUUUGAUGGAUUGCUCUUAGAACAUCAUCCCAAGGACAGCCCAGGAGCCCUGAGCUUUCUGUAGCCCACAUGGGUCUUUCCUACCUGCUGCCAUUUGUGAGGCUGGUUGUUGCCAUUCAAGUCCUCAACAGGCCCAGGAAAACAUUGGAGGAGUUUUCAAGUGACUCUGGAGCCAGCUGUUUCUGGUAACAGGACAAGAGAGAAAAAGGAGGCAGUGGAAACUGCCAUGAGUAAAGAUAACAUGUUGCUCUGUGGGUUUAGUUUUUUUUUAAGGACUCUAGAAUUCUGUCUGCAGGACACACACUGAAGGCAGCACCUCACACACAAUGCUGGGUACAAAUGGAUCUGGUCACUGUUGCCCACCUCACUCUCCCUCCCAGUCCCCAAAUACUCAGUCUCCUGAGAGCUUCUAAACCCUGAAUGUGAGGAACUUGAACUAUUUAUUUCAUUAACUGCCAUGUCUAUUUGUUGUAAAGCUGAAGUGGGGAGGCCUUGAGAGAAACUUCUGCUGUUAAAAGGCAUGAUCAGAGCUACUGCAAAGGACAGAUGCUUUAGAGGAGAAGUGAAGGCUACUCUGGCAAAGGCAGUGUGGGAACUUCUGUAGGAAGUGGGCUCUGGUACCAGAAUUCAAUGAAACACUCAAGAUGUCUCUCAACACCACGUAUUCAGCUAAUGAAAUUGUUGACUGAUUUUUAAGGAACCAUUUCCUAUGAUGAAGAUUAAAAAGUAAUUAAAAAUCAGCACUAGAUGAGACACUGUCCUCCAAGCCCAUUCUAGUUUUUGGGGGUCCAAGAACUAACCAAUUCAAACCCAGAGUUUUGGUGUGCUUUCACUUCAUCUGAACAAUCCAGAAAACAUUUUUUCUUUCAGGAGCAUUUAUCCAAAAUGAGAAUUUCUAGUGAACAGUGGAAGCUCAGAGAGAAAAUCAAGUUUGCAUCAAUCAGCCAUGUAAAGAGCCAUGCUAAUCCAAUCAGGCACAAACCAACACAGCAAGUGCUGUCUUACACAUUCAACUGCAAAAUUAUUCAAUCACUAUCAACUGCUUCCACUGCUAAAUGGGAAACAACCCAAUGUUAUUUGAGGAGCAACCAAAGCAGGAAAGCACCAGAAAAAAAAAAAAAAAGAAAAAAGAAAAAAAGUCUAUGACUGGAGCAGAAAUGAAGUUUCCUGGCUGUUGGUAUUUUGAUGAAACACAAUCUCUGUCUCUCCUGGGGCUUCUGGCUAGCCAGCAUGGGAUGGGUUUAUGUUUAAAAACCCCUUUGAGCAUGCACUGGGCAUUGAAGUACUGCGUUUUACCUUGAUGAGUGCAGCACAUGAAGGGAGCUGGACUUGCAGGACACUCAUCUAACAGAGAAGGUGAAAGGAACCACCAGAAAGGGAAGAAAGCUGGAAAAAGGUUGGCUCAGCCCAGAAGCAGCCCCCAGCCCCAGCUCGGGGACACCUGACCUGCAGGGAUCUCCAAAACUAGCUCAGAGCAAUUCAAGGGACUGUGUGGUUGAUACAACAGGCCAGAUGCAGGAGGUUCAGGACAGCAUUUCCUCUGCUAUGUGAUGGGAAAGAGCAGCUCCUCAGUUGGUGCUCUCCCAGCAGCUGGAGAGCCCCCCACUUUCCCUCUCUGCUCUUCAGCAGGAUUUUUGCUGCAACCAGGGGAACAGCCCUACAACCACAGCUGCCCUGGCUGGCACAGCACAAGUAUUUAGCUCUGACUUGCUGUAGAGGCUGAGCUGCAAUGAGCCAUCAGGGCAUGGCAAUCUCUGGGAGGACCAAGCCUGGAUGUCCUGCUCUGCAAGACCAGGAUGAGCAAAGAUGCUGAGCCCAGCUCGUUCUAGGUUUUUGGAGGACUUUUAGGAGCUAGAGGACUUUGGCUGAACUGGCUAGCAUGUGGAUUUUAAGAACCAGGACAACAGUUAGUGCACUAAUAAUAAUGGUUAAAACCAGAAAAAGGACUAGAAAAAAACUAUUGGAAAGAGUCCCAUCAAGAUUUGCCAUUACUGGAAAUAAUGAUGCUCUGAUAAUCUCUUACACAGUUUAAACAUGUACUAAGAACAUGAGUAUAUUGUGAAGCUGCCCUGGGGGAAAGUGAGUCAGGCAGCUGGAGCUCACCCUGCUGCCCUGGGUACCUCUGACAUGAUCUCACUGACUUCACUGUGUGGGAACACUGGGCAUGUGGAGUGGGCAAAAUGGUGCCACAACCCCAACCUGCUGGAUGGGUUUAAGCUGGGUUCAAGUUUCUAGUCCAAUUUUGUCCAAAAAGGAGCCAAGAAGGGAAGAAGAAUUAAACAGAACGGGUACAGGUUAAGAGGUGGCAAAGGAACUAACGCUGUACCUCUGGAGCUAGAGCUCACCCCCAGAAAAGAUCAGAGCUAUUUCAGUAACCACAAAAUAGAAAAGUUCUGCUGAAUCCUGCCUAGUAACGGAGUGAUAAAUUAAGUACAUCUACUUCUGGUAUCUCUGUGCUGCAGCUCUACAGGAUUGUUUAGGUAAGGAAAGCUGGGCUAGGCCUGGGUGCAGGGCUCCCCACUCUCCAGACUCACCCCUGCAGAGGGUGCUUCCCACCCCCCUCCCACAGCAUCACAUCUGCAGUCUGAGCAGCAUUCCAUCCCAAUAGGUAGCCAUCUGCUAGUCCUUCCUAACAUCCUGAACCUGGCUGGAAUUUCAGUCGUAUGCUUUCCCCCCCUCCAUGUUUAUAAAAUUACACUAAUUAUGUAUUUCUUUCACACAGUAUUUGCUUUACAGUGGUUUAAUUCAUUUUCUGUAGUCCAUAAUUAAUAUUUUCAGUAAAGCACUUUCAAAAUCCCUCUUUUGGCAUCCUCUGCUCUCAUUGCUCCCAGCUCAUGUCUGGGUUCCCCAGUGUUUUUACCAGCUUAUCCCCACAUGGCUGGUGAGGCACGUCUUUGCCAAACACACAAAGAGAACUCCUUUGCAUACCCUUGAGUUUAGGGUCUUAUUUUUUUCUGUCUUUGACUGAUAAAGCCUACGAGCCAUUUGUUCAAGAAUAAAAAGCAGUCUUUCCUACA